AUGUCUCAGAGUGUUCCGAUCCAUCCUGACGCUGGUGUUUCGAUUAUCCCGACGAGAGGGCUUGAACAUCGGACCGUCGGCAGCGGCAAUAAGCAGGUUUUACGCCGGUCAAGGUCGAUAGAUGAGAGUGGGGAGAUUGUCUGGCACUUGGCCCUCUGUCUGCUUCUGGCCUGGCUGAUAGUUGGGGCCGCCCUGUCUAAGGGAAUCAAAUCUUCAGGAAAGGUGGUUUAUUUCACUGCAACAUUCCCGUACGUGGUUCUGACUGUACUCCUGAUCCGAGGACUGACCCUGGAGGGAGCCUGGAAAGGGAUUCAAUUCUACAUUGGAAGUCAGUCCGACUUCUCAAAGCUGGCUGAUGCUGAGGUUUGGAAAGAUGCUGCAACACAAAUAUUCUAUUCUUAUGCAGUGGCAUGGGGUUACUUGAUAACCCUGUCAUCCUACAACAAAUUCCACAAUAACUGUUACAGAGACACCAUCAUGAUCUGUGUGGUGAACAGUGCCACAAGUGUGUUUGCCGGAUUUGCCAUCUUCUCCGUCCUCGGACACAUCGCUCACGUACAGGACAAGACAGUUUCAGAGGUUGCUCAGUCAGGUUUCGGUUUGGCAUUCAUCGCCUACCCAGAGGCUCUUGCGCAGCUGCCGUGGGCUCCUCUAUGGUCCACUUUGUUUUUCCUCAUGCUGAUCACGGUGGGAAUCGACACUCAGUUUGGAACAUUAGAAACAAUUUUAACAUCCCUUAUGGACCAGUACCCCAAGCAUCUGCAAUCAAAACGCCUUUUGCUGACGGUUGGUGCUUGUGUGUUGCUAUUUCUCCUCGGCCUUGUGUGUGUAACACAGGCUGGAAUUUACUGGGUUAAUUUAGCCGAUUAUUUCUGUGCUGGAUGGAUUCUCCUUACAAUCGCUCUGCUGGAACUCAUCGGUCUAAGCUGGAUAUAUGGUAUGCACAACAUAAAAAGCAUUGAAACUAAUCAAAUGGACACAUAG